AUGAGCUCGGGGAAACGCAUCCUGGCCCAAUCGCUGGCUGUUCGGGGCCAAUCGAGCACCCGCCGCCGUAACUUCUCUGGUUUGCCCAAUCUGACUGGGAAUCAAACAUCAUUGUCGUUUCCGGAUGCAAGCACCGGAGGGGAGGCAUCCGAGCCUCCCGCUAGUACAGAACCCUCGAGCGCGCUGCCGGCAGUCGAGGAGAUCGCAGAAGAAGUACCAAUCACCGGGCGAGUCGAGGAGGUCCCUGAGGUCCCUGACUCGGAAUCAGCCCCAUUGUUGAAAUUUGAUGCGUUCUCACUCAUCCGUUGCGUGCUGAUUCUCUGUGCAUGGCUUCAUUGUCAACAUCACGUCUCUUUCUACGCUAUCUUGAUACUCCUGUGGGCCAUUCGCUUUGUCUUCUCAGCUCUCCCGGGAAAUAUUCUUGGAGAUGCGGAGCUUCCUCAAACUCUCAAGACAGUAUUUGCACGCUUGAAAAUCCAUGAUCAAUUCAAAGUCUAUCCGAUCUGCCUGUUUUGUCAUUCCGUUUUUGCGGAGGUCUCCCCAUGGAAUUCUAAAUGCCCCAACUGUGAUGUGGCAAUCUAUCGCUCUUGCUCUGAGACUUUUCUCGACCGCUUCCUUGCGACAGACAACCUCGAAGAGGAGGAUCCAAAUUCUCAUCCGCAGAACUCAAGCUUCCAAGCCCAAGCUGUUGCCCCAAUGCUCCUGCUCUCAGAUGCUUUGCAGACAUUUUUCAUGCGGCCUGGAAUGGUGGAUGCGGUGCGAGAGUGGAGGACAAAACCAGAAUCCAACAAGAAACUUGAGACAAUUCAAGAUGGUGAAGUGUGGAAAAAUCUCAAGGCUGCCAAUGGAUCACGGUUUUUCUACAAUGAGGAAGAAAAUUAA